AUGUCGACCUCAUCUCCAUGGGUCGUGCUAAAGUUCGGUGGCACGAGUGUGUCAACCGCUGCGCGAUGGCGUUGUAUCUGUGAACAGAUUCGUGUACAUCUCGAGUCCCCGCUUUCUCCACGCGUGUGGGUCACUAUCUCAGCGUUGUCUCAAGUCACCAAUAAACUCACGCGUGCUCUAGUUUUGGCCCGUGAACGUGGCAGCAGUCACACUGAAGUGGCUAUUGAUAUUGCACAGCAGCACUUUUUAUUGGCUUAUGAGGCGGGUCUGUUACCGGUGCUAGAGGGUCUUGAAGGCGCGAGUUUACGCGAUCGGUGGCAGAAGAUGUGGCUCGACAGCGUCCUCGGUUACGGUCAAAACGGUGGAUCAUCGUUUUCGACGUCACCCAUUGACCCACAGCUACCAAAGGCGCUGCAUCCAUUACUGGAAGAACUUAAGAAUCUUGUGCGAGUAUUGGAGGGAAUUAAAUUGACUGAAGAGGCAUCACCUCGUAUUCAGGCACGAGUAUAUGCUUUUGGAGAGCUGCUUUCGACGCAUUUGGGUCGUUGUCUCAUGGCUCAUUAUGGAAUGAUAGACGUAGAGCGAGUGGACGCUAGGACUCUACUAAUAAGUGAUCCGACUAGUGCCAAGUCGGAAGAGGACCGGUAUUUACAGGCAGAGGUCAAUCCUCGUCGGGACCCUGAACAGGCGGAGAAGGCAGCAAAUGGCAAGCGUGUGGUGCUUACGCAGGGAUUUAUUGCGAGUACGAGCACGGGUGCAACGUGUGUGCUGGGACGUGGAGGUAGCGACACGUCAGGAUCGCUGUUUGCAGCGCUGCUCGGAGCCCAAAAGUACGAGAUCUGGACAGACGUACACGGCAUGUUUACCACUGACCCGCGCUACGUGCCUAAUGCUCGUCUUAUCAAGAGUCUGGACUACCGCGAAGCGCAGGAGUUGGCUGCAAUGGGCGCCAAGGUACUGCAUCCGCGUUGCAUCAUCCCUGCGCAAUGGGGGAAAAUCCCGCUGGAAAUUCGUAACACGAAUGAUCCGACCGGCGCAAAGACUGUCAUUCAUCCCGCUACCGAGUCGGACAAGGCUGAAAGCGGCAGCCCCAAGAUUUUGGCAGUGGUGAAGCGCCAGAACAUGACGACACUCAGCAUCACUGCAUUCGACAUGUGCGGUACGUCGGGUUUCUUGGCCAAGGUCUUUGCCCCCUUUGAAGCUUGCGGUAUUUCGGUGGAUCUUAUUGCAACGUCGCAGUUUUCUGUGACGGUGACGCUAGAUCAUAUCCCCGGUGGCAUUGAGGGUACGCCGUUUCAGCAGCUGCUUGAAUCUUUGAACGAACACUCAAAGGUGCGUGUGUUCGAGGAGUGCUCUGUUGUUUCGAUUGUGGGUCGUGGCUUGCGCAAGGCGCUGGCCGAGCUUGGCUGCGUUUUCAAUGUACUUGAGAACUAUGACGUCCUGCUGCUCAGCGAGUCCGCUGAAGAUUUGAACCUGUCAUUCGUUCUUCAGCAGAAGGAGGCAGACGAUGUGGUUGCUCGCAUGCACAGCUAUUUCUUCCCUGGUGAUAAGCAAAUGUCGCCGAUCGGUGCAAAGGCGAAGUCUCCUACAGCUCUGCCGCCUCUUUCUCCCAACCCGACUUCAGCUACUGCCACUUCGAAUGGUACAGUUCCUGCGCCAAUCACUACGGUUUUCCAGCAACCAACGAUUCGCCGAUCGCCUUCUCGUGACAUGCUCUUUGGCCCCACGUGGCAAUCUUUGCUGAAUGCCACGUCGACGAACAAAAAGGCUUAA